GUGGGGUUCCCACGGUGGGUUAUUAAGCCCCUGAAGCUGGCUGUCUGGGCGGGGAGUUGACGGCUGACUUAUCCUUUCGCGGCCGCCCUCCCCCAGGAAUGCUUCGCGCCCUUCUCGGGAGGCAGCUUUUUCGAGCACGAGGGCCGCCCGCUGUGCGAGAACCAUUUCCACGCGCGGCGUGGCUCGCUGUGCGCCACGUGUGGCCUCCCCGUGACCGGCCGUUGCGUGUCAGCCCUGGGCCGCCGCUUCCACCCAGACCACUUCACCUGCACCUUCUGCCUGCGCCCGCUCACCAAGGGCUCCUUCCAGGAGCGCGCCGGCAAGCCCUACUGCCAGCCCUGCUUCGUCAAGCUCUUCGGCUAACCGCCGGCGGGGCUUGCCCCUGCCACAGCCCAAGGCCCUGGGAACCCCACCCUUCCCCGAAAAUCGCGCUCUCCGCACUCCACGGCCUUGCUCGUUGAGCCUGGGGCUCUCUCCCCGGCGCACCCGGUGAGGCCCCACCCACUGGAGAGACCCGCCCCGGAGGUACUCGACUCUCGAGUUCUCCACGGUCAAGUUCAGCAACGGUCCGGCCAAUUUCGAGACCGCACGCGUGGGUCGUACGCCGUAGGGCAACCCCGCCUGAGGUCUUCACUUGAUCCCCACCAUCGAGGGAGCCCCCGGACUGGGGGCGGGCCCUUGCAAUUCCGACUAACGAGAGGACAGGCCAGGACAUACCUGCUCCCCGCUCCCUCACUCUUCUGUGCACUUUUUUUCUACCUACAUAAAAACACAUGCCACGUGAUGCUGGUGCGGUGUCUCUGACUGCGCGGGACGGCUUUGCGCGGUGACUGCCUGCUUCUGGCGCGCGCUCCGGCGGCCGGGGGUUCUAGGUCCCCGCCCUGUGGCCGCGGUGGGACCUGCAGCCUAGCCCUUGCGGGCGGUCCUUCACGUAUCAAAUGCGCCUGCGCUGGAUUGUACAGGUAGCUGGGAGCCCGAACAGGGAGGUCAGGCUGGGCCCCGUGGAAACUUCCCACCCUCAUUCCCCACUUCUUCAGCAACCUGUAUCCUUGAAAUAAGCCCUUCAUCUGUGUCCACCCCCACCGCCCACUCCCUCCCACCCUUGUCACCUUGUCUAAUUUUCAGACUUUUUCUCCGCUCCUGAAAAGACCCUCAGUGAUGGGGCUCCAUCCAGAAGUGCCAAUGUAUGCCUGCUCCUUGGAUCUGGGCGCUAAGGCACAGCUUCCCUCUUAUUUGUAUUGACUCAUAACAUCUCCCCUAAGCAGAGGAUGACACUUGGGGUGGUCAGAGGACUGACCAAAGGAAGCACUAGGAGGCUAUUCACUCAGACAGACCAGGAGUAGGGAAGUCUUUCUGGAGGAGGUGACACCUGAGCUAAGCCCCAGCAGAAAUUCGUGGGCCAGGGAUUUUUAGAUGUGGACUUUAGGCUCCAUCUGAAUCCCCAAGCCCCAGAGCCUUUCUGAGCCUCUGAGCCCUCACUUUGGACCCUGCAGUUCCCUAGGGACAGGGCUUGGAUUCCUGGAUCCAAACUGUAGGAGGCUUUGAAGCUGGAAAUCAUGGAUUCUUAGAGGCCCUUCCUGCUUGAGGAGCUGGUAGCCAAGGAGAGUGUGUGUGGGCAAGGCAAAGGUGAGGUGUUCUCUGUCCUCACCUCAGCCUGACCCUCGGUUUCUUUCCUCUCCGAGGCUCCUCUCCCUAGGUCUUCCCAGGCUUCCUGCUCUUCUCCUUCCACAUAUUCUCCCUGGAGAAUUCUGUCUGCUUCCUGGCAAUGAACCACCUUCCUGUCUUGAGGACACCGCCAUUGGCUAUCUUUAGUCUCGAGUCAUUCCUUUCACCAAGUGUUUAUUGAGUAUGUACUAAGCCAGGCUCUAUAUCAGGCGCUGGGAAGACCAUAGGGAACCAAGCAGACAUGCUUCUUGACCUCGUAGAGCUGAAGUCUAGUCGAGGAGACAGAUGACAAGUACCAAGUGACACACGUGAUGAACUAAUGGAGACCUUCCCGGUGGCCUAAGUACAGUUCACUCUUCCCCCGUUUCCAUCCAUAGCACCUCCCUAGUCCCUCAAAGCACUUAUCACUAUUGCAAAUAGGUGUUUAUUUGUUGCUAGUUUAUGUCUGUUUCUGAAACUGGGAGGCAAGCCCCUGAGAAUUUGUCUGUCAGAUUACAUGUUUGUUUUGCUGACCACUGUCUCUCCAGUGUCUAGAAGUCUGUGUAGCCUGCGGUAGGUGCUGGAUGAAUAUUUGUUAAUGAAGGAAGGAAUGAGGAAGAAAGGAAAGGAGGGAGGGGGGAAAGGGGGAAAAAAUAGAGAAAUAAGUUCGAGAAAGUGAGGAAGGGAUGACUUCUAACCAGAUUGUCAGUCUCUGUGAAUAUGUAACGUCGAAGUUGAGACUUAGAAGGUUGAGGAAAGAAAACAGCCAGGCAAAGAGCCUGAGGAGAGCAUUCCAGGCAGAGGAGACAGCAAGUGCAAAGGCCAGGAGGUAGGAGGGGGACUGGUAUAGUGACGAAAAGGAAAGAAGGCCGGUAGGGCCAGAGUAGGGUGAGGAAGGGGGAGAGUAGUAGGAGAUGAGUUCUAAGAGGAAGUAGGAGCCAUGUCAUCAUGGAGGGCUCUGUAGGCCAUGAAGAGGGCAUAUAGAUUUUAAGGGCCUAAACCCCCAUAUGUCCUCUGACACUUUCGGGAUUUCUCUCAGGCAUUUCAAAUUUAUCACCCCCUGAAGCAGACGCUGUGGGUGUGUUGCUCACAUCCACUCGCCCCCCUGGGUAGACAGUUCCCAGACACCCGGGCUCCCCAGCUGCUCCCUGAGUUGCUGUCUGAGGGUGCUCUCAGGAGAAACGAGUGUGCCCCUGCCCCCAGCAGGCCUGAAGCAGGAGGGGGAGGUUCUGUGACCUUUGAGACAGGAAUUGGUGAAUACAUACUCCAGCUUCCUGGCUCUGAGGGGUCAAUUCUGAGGUGUGUUCUCCACAGCGUAUCAAAGAGUCCCCACUGGGGUUGUUCACAGUGGCGACCUUUUAAUCAACAUGGCCCUUAUUGGCUUUUCUUCUUUCUUUGCCUCACUUCCCCUCACUUCCUUCCUGGGGUCACCUCCUCAGGAAAGUCCUUGCACUUGAUUCUCAACUUCCGGUCUGCUUUGAAGGGACCCAAACUAAGGCAUUGCUUAAAUAUAUCCCCCUAAAAUAUUGUUUUCUGUUCUCCAUCUCAGGCAUGAGCCCAACUUGUUCUAAUCAGAUAUCCAAGUCUGGCCAAUUCUUCUAGAAAGGCAGAGGUACUGAUAUUUAUCAGUACCCUCCCUUCUUCUGUUCAGCCCUGUGCUGAGCAAUGGGACUCCAGGGUUGAGUCAGGUCAUUUCCUGCUUGGGGGUAAUCUCUAGUCUGUUGGGAAGGCAGACCUGGACCCAUACGAGGACAACACCAUGUGCUCAUAACUGUAUCAGAAAAGUCAGAGAAGCCUUUCCUGAAGAGUUGACAUGGGCUGGGUACUGAAGGUCAGCAUCUGAGAGGUAGGAGUGGGCCAUUUGGGAAUCAGGGAGGCACUCUAAGCAGAACGCACAGCUUAGGCAAAAGUUUGAGUGUGUGAAAAUACAGGGGCUGGGCAGGGCAAGGGAGUUGGGGGGAAAUGGGAUAUCACCCCAGAUUUGGUAUAGGGGAGCAAGGGGAAGGGCGGGCAGGAGUCAGUGGAUGGCAAGCCUUGAACACGAGGCAGAAGAGCUCCUAUUCAUUCAGUAAGAUGGGGAGCGAGGAAGGGUUUCUGAGCAGGGGAGGGACACUGUCAGAUUUGGGUUUGCAAAGGAUCCCUCCGGGUUAGUCAAAAGGAGGAGGCUGGCUCAGCCACGCUCCCUAGGUCAAGGCUGAAGGGUAAGCAUGAGGGAAAGGAGUAAUUUUGAGCCUGGGGCAGUGGGGAAGGGGUGGGGGCUAAGGCCCUGGAAGGAAUGCUCCUGAACUUGAAAGUGUCUGCUCCAUAGGAUGAGUUUUUGGCCUUGAUGAGACCUGAUUCAGCUAAACAAAGCUGGGGAGGGGGGACAAGACCUAGGGGACUUGUCGGCUCACUGCCCCUGAGGUAACCAUUAAUCCCUCCUGUGAGGAAAUCCACGGGCUGGUCCCUUGAGGGCCAGAUCCUAGGCAGAAUGGAGGAAUACACAGAAGCAGGCUCCGUACCAGGACUGGGAAACCAGAGGGUCCCAAUUAACAACUUUGCUGACAUCCUGGUCAUUGCUGCUUAUUUCCUGCUGGUCAUUGGUGUCGGCCUGUGGUCCAUGUGCAGAACCAACAGAGGCACGGUUGGCGGCUACUUCCUGGCAGGACGAAGCAUGGUGUGGUGGCCGGUCGGGGCCUCCCUCUUUGCCAGCAACAUCGGCAGUGGCCACUUUGUGGGCCUGGCAGGGACUGGUGCUGCGAGUGGCUUGGCUGUGGCAGGAUUUGAGUGGAAUGCGCUGUUCGUGGUGCUGUUGCUGGGCUGGGUCUUCGCGCCGGUGUACCUGACCGCGGGCGUCAUUACCAUGCCGCAGUACCUGCGCAAGCGCUUCGGAGGCCAUCGCAUCCGCCUCUACCUGUCGAUGCUCUCGCUGUUUCUGUACAUCUUCACCAAGAUUUCGGUGGACAUGUUCUCCGGGGCAGUAUUCAUUCAACAGGCUCUGGGCUGGAACAUCUAUGCCUCCGUCAUCGCCCUUCUCGGCAUCACCAUGAUCUACACUGUGACAGGAGGGCUGGCGGCGCUCAUGUACACCGACACCGUGCAGACCUUCGUCAUUCUUGGGGGGGCCUUCAUCCUCAUGGGUUACGCCUUCCACGAGGUGGGCGGGUAUUCGGGGCUUUUCGACAAAUACUUGGAGGCAGUGACGUCGCUGACGGUUUCUGAGGAUCCGGAGGUGGGCAACAUCUCGAGCUCCUGCUAUCUACCCCGGCCGGACUCCUACCACCUGCUCCGGGACCCCGUGACGGGGGACCUACCGUGGCCCGCGCUGCUCCUGGGUCUUACCAUCGUCUCGGGCUGGUACUGGUGCAGCGACCAGGUCAUCGUGCAGCGCUGUCUGGCCGGGAAGAGCCUGACCCACAUCAAGGCGGGCUGCAUCCUGUGCGGCUACUUGAAGCUGAUGCCCAUGUUCCUCAUGGUCAUGCCAGGCAUGAUCAGCCGCAUUCUUUAUCCGGACGAGGUGGCGUGUGUGGUGCCCGAGGUGUGCAAGCGCGUGUGCGGAACCGAGGUGGGCUGUUCCAACAUCGCCUACCCGCGGCUUGUUGUGAAGCUCAUGCCCAAUGGUCUGCGGGGACUCAUGCUGGCGGUCAUGCUGGCCGCGCUCAUGUCCUCGCUGGCUUCCAUCUUCAACAGCAGCAGCACGCUGUUCACCAUGGACAUCUACACGCGCCUGCGGCCCCGCGCGGGCGACCGCGAGCUGCUGCUAGUAGGACGGCUCUGGGUGGUGCUCAUCGUGGCGGUAUCCGUGGCCUGGCUCCCCGUGGUGCAGGCGGCGCAGGGCGGCCAGCUCUUUGAUUACAUGCAGGCCGUCUCCAGCUACCUGGCGCCGCCCGUGUCCGCCGUCUUCGUGCUGGCGCUCUUCGUGCCUCGCGUCAACGAGAAGGGUGCCUUCUGGGGACUGAUUGGGGGCCUGCUCAUGGGUCUGGCGCGCCUGAUUCCGGAGUUCUCCUUUGGCUCGGGCAGCUGUGUGCAACCCUCAGCGUGCCCAGCACUCGUCUGCGGCAUGCACUACCUCUACUUUGCCAUCGUACUCUUCAUCUGCUCUGGCCUCCUCACCCUUGUGGUCUCGCUGUGCACAGCACCCAUCCCACGCAAGCACCUCCACCGCCUGGUUUUCAGUCUGCGGCACAGCAAGGAGGAGCGAGAGGAUCUGGACGCUGACCAGCUGGAAGGUCCAGCCUCACCCCCUACACAGAACGGGUGUCCCGAGCACACAGUGGAGAUGGAGGAGCCCCAGUCCCCAGCACCAGGCCCGCUCCGCAGGUGCCUGCUCUGGUUCUGUGGAAUGGGCGGAGCUAGGGCAGGUGGCCCCCCAGCCCCGACCCAGGAGGAGGUGGCUGCGGCAGCCAGGCGGCUGGAGGACAUCAGUGAGGACUCGAGCUGGACCCGUGUGGUCAACUUCAAUGCCCUGCUAAUGAUGGCUGUGGCCACGUUCUUCUGGGGCUUUUACGCCUGAGGCCAACUCUGCUGGAUACCAUGAGCCACAGCCA